CGACGGGAGGGGGAGAUGGAGUCGCCUAUGGAUGUGAUCCCGUAUCCCAUCCCAUGGCAUAACCGGGAGACAUUGAGCAGUGCUCGCAGUGUUAGACUGCCGUACAGUGCAGUCAGACUCACAGUCAGUCAGCGCAUAGUCGAUGCCUCGCUCUCUCUGCACCUACUGUUGCAUUCAUACCGCCAACCAUUGAUUCAUUCUGUGACUCAGUUCACUUGCAUCACCGUUGCACCCAUCACUCAAUCACCACUUCAAACGGAUCCAAUUCAUCCAUAUUCAGUGAUUGUCGGUGACGGCCGGAGUCACGGCACCACCGCUGCCGCCCAGACAUUGCCUAGAACAGCCAUGACUUCGACCACAGAGACGGCCACCGCUGGCGCGGACCAGUCGGCCAACAACCAGACCGGCACUCAAGAGCCGGUGUCUCCCGUCUCGGAGACGGCCGAACAGCAGACGGAGACGUCGACCGCCGAGACGGCCAGUCCUAAGAAGGCCGCCCUCCCGAAGCCCACUGUCCAUAAAGUGGACUACGAGAAGGAGUUGGUCUACUUGUAUCAGUUCGCCCGCUGCCCGACCAUCCCCUCGUCCUCCAUGUUCUGUCUGAAAGUGGAGAACUGGUUGCGGAUGUCAGGCGUGGCCUUCGAGAACAUAGAGCCCCGACCGGUGCACAAGUCCAAGAAGGGACAGUUGCCUUUCGUCGAACUCAACGGCAAGGAGAUCGCCGACUCCGACAUCAUUAUCCGCGAUCUGACCAAACACUUCGACAAAGACCUGGACGAAGGCCUCACGACCGACCAGAAGACGGUGAGCCACGCGUUCCAGUCUAUGCUGAAUAACCACACGUCUUGGGUCGUGCGCUGGUGGCGAUACAACAACCCCAACGCCUUCGUCGAGGCCUCCCAGUUGGACAUCAAGCGCACCCUUAACUCGAAAAUGCCGGCCCGUCUCGUGAACAUGCUCUUCAAGAUCGGAUUCAGAGCCAACAGAAACACUGUCAUCGCUCACGGCUUAGGCCACCACUCGGAACAGGAGAUCUACGACUUCGGAAAGGCUGACAUCAAAGCGCUCAGCGACUUCCUCGGCGACAAAGACUACUUCUUUGGCAAAGAGCCUCAUUUGUUGGAUUGCGUGGCUUUCGCUCAUUUGACUCAAUUCCUAUACAUCCCAUUCGGCGGUUUCAAAGAGUGGUUGGAAACCGAGACCCCGAACCUAAUCGCUCUCUUGGACCGCAUUAAAUCCAAGUAUUGGUCGGAUUGGGAUCAGAUCUGCACCACAUUGGAAAUGAACACACAUUUGCCCAAAAAGGAGUUGACGGCCGAAGAGGAGGAGAAAAUCAAAAAAGAGGAGCAAAAGAAAGAGGACGAGAAGAAGAAGAAGGAGGAGAAAAAGAAACAACAGGAGGAGAAGAAGAAGGAAAGAGAAGAGAAGAAGAAGAAAGACAAAGAGGAAAAGGAGCGCAAGAAGAAGGAGAAGGAGGAGAAAGAAAAGGCUGAGAAGGAGAAGCGCGAGAAAGAGAAGGCCGAGAAGGAGGAGAAGGAAAAGGCUGAGAAGGAGGCGAAGGAAAAGGAGGCUAAAGAGAAAGCCGAGGCCGAGAAGAGCGGAGAGGCGGCGAAGAGUGAAGAGAAGCCGACGGAAUCGACGCCAGAAACCAAAGAGAGUGCUCCCGAAGAGGCGGCGAAGGGGACGGCCGACGAGUCGGGCGACAAAAAAGAAUGAAUUCGUUGGUAGUCUAACAAUAAUUAAUUCAUUUACUCUCUCAUACUCUCAACAGCCCAUCAAAUGACCAAAAAUUUUAAUCAAUUUUUACUUUGUUUUUGAGCCAAUUUUCUUAAUUUUUUUCAUUUUUAUUCAUUUGGGACUAAAUU